GCGAAUGCCUUCCGGGCCUGCGCGCGCAGCGGUCUGGCGAAGGGCGGCCAGGUCUUGGCGCAUGCGCGCCGUGGGACACGGUGACCCUGAGCGUGCGGACUGGUAGCAAUGCUGUCCAGGUUCCUGGGCCCGCGCUACCUCCAGCUGGCCAAGAACUGGAUGCCCACAGCCAGCAUGUGGGGCGCUGUGGGCACUGUAGGGCUGGUGUGGGCCACAGACUGGCGGCUGAUUCUGGACUGGGUGCCUUACAUCAACGGCAAGUUCAAGAAGGAAGACUAGCUAAGCUGGCCCUCCGUGGACCCCUCUGGUGUAUGUCCAGAGCAGCCCAAGCCCAGAGGAUGGAUGCAAGGACUCACCUCAUGGCUGGAGGGUCAUCAGCCUGCUCUGCGGACUACUCUGCCUGGGUCUCGGUCAUGCUGUGACUCAGUUCCCCGACUGAAGUCCCCGAGGCCUGCCUGACCAGGGCUUUUUCCAACUCCAUAAUUUUGCAAAUCUAGGAGGCUUAUCCAAUGACUGGCAGAAAUUGUCUGAGUACUUAAAAUAUUUAAAUAUUCA